AUGCCAUACCACCAUAUUUCCGACACAAUCCAGAUCAACUACACGAUCCACCAUCCCGCGAGCAGCCCUGCGUCCCCGGCAAGGCCGCCUCCUCGGCCGUGGAUCAUCCUCAUCAACGGCCUCGCCGACCCGCAACAGACCUGGUCGGCUCAAGUCCCCGCCUUCACAAGCGCAGGGUACACGGUGCUCACGUACGACAACCGCGGCGUCGGCCUGUCGUCCCGCCUGUCGCACGACCAUGAAGUCUACACCGCGGCCACCAUGGCGUCGGACUUGCGCCGCUUGGUCACCGCCCUGGCCGUUCCCAAGCCGUACCACGUCCUCGGAGUGAGCAUGGGCGGGAUGAUCGCCCAGACGUACGCACUGACGUACUGUCUUCCGGGCAUGGAUGGCCAAGGCCAAGGCGAAGGCGAAGGCGAGGGCGAGAGCGAGAUCCUAACCCUCACACUGGCGUGCACGUACGCCGCCCCCGGCCCGUUCUGUAGCCGCAUGUUCGCCCUCUGGCGCGACAUGGCCCGGCGGAUGAGUGUCGCGGACGUGAUGCGCGACGUCGGCCUCUGGGCGUUCACGCCUGCUUUCUUCGCCGACGAGAGUAAAAAGGCAGACGUGCAGGCCAUGGAGGCCGAGAUGGCGCAGAUCGACACCGAAAUGGGUCUGCGGAGUUAUCUCGCGCAGUUGAACGUCAUCACCACGUUCGACACGCGAAGUGUGGUCGGGAAGUUAGGGUCCGCAGGUGCGAGAGGGGGCAAAGGCAUGCAGAUACAGGUCGUGGUCCUGGUUGGGGAGAAUGACAUUUUGAUCCCCGUGAGUUUGUCGCGCGAGUUGCAUGCUUUGAUUGAGGGGAGUGUCUUCGUGAGUACGCUGGGUGGACACGCCUGUAUGUGGGAGUUUCCUGAGGCGUUUAACACGGCCUGUUUGGACGUGUGGAGGGGAGGGGGGAAAAGGGGCGUGGUGUGA